GUAUAUUAUCAAAAGCCCAGUUUCACUGUUGUUACCUUGUAAAGCCCAAAGAAAAUCAAUCCGGGAAAAAACGGGGGAUUUAUAUGCCCGGUAAUUAGGUUCAGCUCGAUCGCCGUCUCUCUGUUGGGACUGAUCUGAGGGAUUCGCCGCCGUCAUCAUGCCGCAAGGGGAUUACAUUGAACUCCACAGAAAGCGUCAUGGCUAUCGUCUGGACCAUUUCGAGCGAAAACGCAAGAAAGAGGCUCGUGAGGUUCACAAGCGCUCUGCUAUCGCUCAGAAGGCUCUGGGCAUCAAGGGCAAGAUGAUUGCCAAGAAAAAUUAUGCCGAAAAGGCUCAAAUGAAGAAGACUUUGGCCAUGCAUGAAGAGUCAACAUCCAGGCGCAAGGUUGAUGAUGAUGUUCACGAUGGAGCUGUUCCAGCAUAUCUUCUUGAUCGUGAGAAUACGACCAGAGCAAAGGUUCUUAGCAACACCAUUAAGCAAAAAAGGAAGGAAAAGGCUGGGAAAUGGGAUGUUCCUCUACCUAAGGUGCGUCCAGUGGCCGAAGAUGAGAUGUUCAAAGUGGUCAGAUCCGGCAAAAGAAAAACUAAGCAAUGGAAGAGGAUGGUCACAAAAGCUACAUUUGUUGGGCCUGGUUUUACUAGAAAACCUCCAAAAUAUGAGCGUUUCAUUCGUCCUACGGGAUUGCGGUUCACUAAAGCUCACGUGACUCAUCCAGAACUAAAAUGUACCUUCAAUCUGGAGAUAAUUGGAGUGAAGAAAAAUCCAAAUGGUCCUAUGUACACCUCCCUUGGUGUCAUGACCAAGGGAACUAUCAUUGAGGUGAAUGUGAGCGAACUUGGUCUGGUCACCCCUGCUGGGAAAGUUGUAUGGGGUAAAUAUGCCCAGGUGACAAAUAAUCCUGAAAAUGACGGUUGUAUAAAUGCAGUUUUGCUCGUUUGAGGUAGUAAGGAGGAUCUGAGUACCGACUUGACCUCUACGUGGCCGUCUGAGCUUUGUUAUCUACUGACUGAACAUUCUAUUCCAUUUUUGUGUAAACGGUAUUUGUCUGUGCCGGCGCCUAAAUAUUUACAAGAGAAAGAUAGGGAUCUCUAUUAAAUUUUGCUCCCCCUAGCAGCGAAUCCUGUGUCUGACUUUACUAGCAUAUAGCAAGUAUUAUGUUGUUACUAUAUCCUGGGGAAAUCAAAGAUUUCGUUUGUAAAGUCCGAAGUUCUUUCGUGCAAGGUUUUCGAAAUUUGUUUCCAAUUGCCUCA